UAAGUGGAGCAGGAUAUUAAUACCAAAACAUCUCAGGAAAAGAUGAACGUUUAGAAACGAAAAUAGAUUGUGGAUAAGCCUCUGUUUCUCCUGGACCUCAAACACCAUGAUUUCUCUCAACGUGAAUGCUCCAAUGCCGCCGUUACUCUCCUCGAAAUUCCUCCCAUCUCCACCGGCGCCCACCAUCUUCCACAAACCCACUCUCUCGCCUAGAACAAUCACCGCUCUCAUUAUCCCGCCCUCCUCUGGCCAAAAGCUGCCGGAGCAAAAACAGCUCUACCAACCUUUCCGGCCACCUCCUUCUCCAAUACCUUCCAAGUUCCGAUCUCUUGAUACAAACUCCCGCCUCGAAAUCCUCACAAACCGCCUGGGGCUAUGGUUCGAGUAUGCUCCUCUGAUUCCUUCACUGAUCCAGGAAGGCUUCACGCCUUCCACAAUCGAAGAAAUCACUGGAAUUUCCGGAAUCGAGCAGAACCUCCUCGUCGUAGCUUCGCAGGUGCGUCAGUCUCUCCUGAAUUCCAAAAUUGACGCGGAUAAGCUGUCAUUUUUCGACUCCGGCGGAGCGGAGUUGCUUUAUGAGAUUCGCAUCCUCAGCGCCGCCCAGCGAGCAGCGGCGGCGGAUUUCAUCGCGAAGAGCCAUUCAGACGCGAAGCAAUCGCGGAUCUUAGCGAGAGCGAUGAAAGAUUUCCCGCUGAGGCGCGCUGACCGCGGGUGGGCGAUGUUCAACGCGGAAUCUCCGGGGGAUUGCCUUGCUUUCAGUUACUUCAAACAGGCGAUGGAAUACGAAGCGGCUUUGCUGGAGGAGCUCAGGCGGCAAUCUCUGCAGAAGGCAAUGGAGUUUGUGGAGUCUGGUUCAGCAAGAGCUUUACUGGCUGAGGAGGGGAAAGCAGAAGGGAACGAAAGAGCUGUGAAGGAGGAGGAAGUGGAAGUGUCGUUGGUGAGAAUGCAAAUGGGGGAGGUGGCAGAAUCGACAGAGGUGAUAAUCUUACCAGUGUGCCAGGCGGAAGAGGCGGCGGAGGUUGAGGAGGCACCGUGGAAUUGCGGAGGAGUUGGGGGUUUUGGAAUAGUGGAGUCCGAGAAAGAGUGGAAGAGAUGGGUGGUUCUACCAGGAUGGAAGCCGAUAGCAGGACUAGAGAGAGGUGGAGUUGCGGUGAGAUUUAAGAAUGGGAGGAUUUUGCCAUGGAAAGAGAGCAAGGAGGAGCCAAUUCUGGUGGUGGCUGAUCGGCGGAGGAAAGAGGUGGUUGGAAACAGCAGCUUGUACUUGGUGGUUGGAGGUGAAGAUGGAAGUUCAAAUGCGGGUUUGAUGGUUGAGAGCGGAGGGAAAUUGAAGGAAAAUGGGGUUACUGAAAGUCUGGGAAUGGUAGUUUUGGUGGUAAGACCUCCGAGGGAGGAUUAGAAGGACAUAAUCAUCCAUUAGAUUUCCAAGAAUUGACAUAUUCCACCCCAGAUUUUAAUUUAUACGGAAGUACGGAGUAGCUUUUCCCUGUAUUGUUGCUUAAAAUUUAGAGUUUUUUCCAAAAUUAAUGUUAAAUAAAUAAAUAAAUAAUUCCGAAAAUAAUUCUCAAUGAAAG